AUGAUUUAUCGAGUUUGUGGUCCUCCACCCAAUAAUACUUCUUGUUGUGCACAAUCAACGUCUCAAGAGUCCACCAACAUCCAGCGAAAUCUCACCCCCGAAAUCUCCGAAGUUGAGGUUGAGUCAACCGAGGCAGCACAAGUUAAUCCUGUCGGAGCAGUCGGUAGGAAACGGUAUGAGAAUUUGCGGUCACAGUUAAGCUAUAUUGAAACGACGGAAGAUCCCUUCGAAGAAAUCGUUAUCCGUGCUGAAACCUAUUUUCCUAGCUUAACAAACAUCGUGAAGGAUCAGUCAAGUAGCUACAUUGUGGAACAGACCAAUUACGAGUCUUUACACCCACCUUCUGUGCAGCAUCCGAUUCCACAAUCCAGACAACGGAUCUCAUCUAUUAAUUCGGCUGUUCGCCCAAAUCCUUUCAACACAUCCAGUUCAAACAGCAAACGUAGAGGGGAGGAGGAACUAGAUCGGCGAAUUAUGAUGUAUUCUCGCGCAAACCGUAAUCCACACACCUACUACGCACACAAUUUUCACGAUAACUCGCAUCAAAUGACCUCUUCAGUUCACCAAGUCAUGCAUCAUGGCAGCUACUAUGCUCAACAACCUCUGAUCAAGAACUUCCAAUCUCCGUGCACGUCGGAAUCAGACGUAGAUGAAAGAACAACCUAUGACUAUCGUGACUUCCAGGCAGCGCGUCAAAAAUUCGAGCAGCAUAAAUCGUUAAGUCAGACUGUCGCACCCACCCCAAGAAAUCACCUUCGACGCCUUGAUGUUCGACAGCAACAUUCAGUCAUUGGCACAGUCACGUCUAGUCGACCAAAUGAGGGUGGUAUCAGUGUUGAGGGAGCAGGACACAACUGUCAAAUAAAGACAUCCAACGCUCCUCAUCUUCCGCCCCUCCAGACCCCUAUCAAUCGCCCACCUUCGCUGAGUCAAGAGAGUUGUGCUCUUGCUAGACGUGAAUUGCAUAAUUCCUUUUCAAGAAUAUGUGGCUGCGGUCAAGGAUCUGGUUGUGGGGUCCUUCCCGACAAGCCAAUUCAUCAAGACCAAAGCAGCCAACGAGAAGCUAUCAAGAAGUACCUCGUCUCUGAGGAGAUCGGACCGGGAGGGGUCAAAAGUGUAUUUAGCUUUCCAGAUGGCAUGGAGCCAAGUGAUCUAACACUUCUGCGUGCUGCAAUCUCAGCUAAUCAGCCCAAAGACGCCUUCGUACCGGAGGAGAACGACGAUUUGGAAGAACAGCUAAACCGCCAACUAGAAAAAGCUUGUGUUGACACGAGAGGUCUACAGUCGGUGUCAACUCCAGCGCCGCAGCGGUCACAACCACAGACGUCAAUGCCGAUUCAACACAUUCAGAGUGUCAGCCACGGUUCAAGCGCUAAUCCGAUUCGGGGCAGCGGUGGUGAAGAUUUGAUGCACAUGGUGGUCCAGCAUCACCAUUACCCGCGCUCCAACAUUCCUAAAGCAGAUGAUCGAGACACACAAGAAGUCUUGCCGAAGAGCAGGAAUGGAAACCCUCUCGAUACACUGAUGUACAACGGAAUCAGCAACGACUUUGUUGGACCUAAUAGUCCGAGCCACAUGCAAAUUACUUCUGGCUAUUCUAUGUGCCACCGCCAUCAAUGUCAGCCACAACUCAAUGCUGCUACUGCCGCUACCACUAACAACAAUAGCUGGCACAUCCCUCCGACGCAUCAGCAGCAGAGAAUGCAAGGAAACUACCAACCCCAUACUGUUUACAAUUCAGUGAAGUUUGACUCAAUGUCAACGGGAGCGGGUCGAGGUCAAACCCAACCGACGCAUUUCACCACAGAUAAUCGAUUCAUUAUGGGAUGA